UUUCAAAACAGUCAGCGCGGUCUCUGGCGAUGACUUCGAAAAUCCCCAGAUCAGGACAAGAUGGUGUAUUCAAGCCCCAUAACGAAAAUGCACCAAGAAAAAUCCCUACAACCAAAAAACAAAAAGGACCAUCUAGCAGGUAUGGCCAACAGUCAGAUAUCCGGGACCAGAAUCAGCUUUUGGUGGUUGUCAAUGAGGAGCUGCAGAAGAACCUUACUGAGACUAAGCAAAGAAUGGCCCAGCUGGAGCAGCAGUGCAGUGAUCUCCAAGGGGAGAAUGGAAACUUCCAGAAACAACUGAAGGACUGCCACGUGCUGCUUGUCGCUGGAAAUAUUGACCCUGUUCUGGGUGAAAGAAUUGGACAAACUACACAACAAAAUGAAGAUGAAAGAAAAGACGUGGUGAAUGUAUCCAGAGAUCUUUUGGGAGAAUUGAACACUUUCUGUGACAUGACAACAAAGCAAAGUGAACGCCUUGAUGAAAUCCAAAACACCAUGAAAGAUCUCAAAGAAGCUCGGGAGCUUCUGUUGCAGGAGAGGGAGAGCCUGUCUUUGGAAGUUGAAGAAAUGGAGAAGGCUCUUGAGCAAGCAGAGAUGCUUUUAGUAAAAUAGACAC